AUGGAAAUGCUACUGUUUGGUGUCUGGGCCCUGCUGGCUUUGAUCUCUUCCGCAGGGGCCACAGAGGGGCCAUUUGAGGUCUCUGUUUGGCCAGACCAGGCCCUGGUAAAGUGUGGAGAAUCCCUAGUGGUCAACUGCAGCACUAACUGUCCGGACCCAGGACCCAGCGGAAUUGAGACCUUCUUAAAGAAAACCCAGGUGGGCCGAGGGCCUCAGUGGAAGGAGUUUCUCCUGGAGGAUGUCACCAAGAAUUCCAUUCUGCAGUGCUUCUUCUCUUGUGCAGGGAUCCAAAAGGACAGAAGCCUGGGCAUCACCGUGUAUCAGCCCCCGGAGCAGGUGAUCCUGGAGUUGCUGCCUGCGUGGGUGGCCUUGGACGAAGUCUUUACAGUGAAGUGCCAUGUGCCCAGGGUAGCACCCCUGGAGAACCUCACCCUCACCCUUCUCCAGGGUAACCACGAACUACACAGAAAGACCUUUAUGAGUUUGGCUGUGGCCUCCCAAAGAGCGGAGGUCACCAUCAUUGCCAAAGCCCAAAGAGAGGAUCACAGGUGCAAUUUCUCCUGCCACGCGGAACUGGACCUCAGGUCGCAUGGCGGUGGGCUCUUUCACUCCAGCUCCGCCAGCAAGCUGCUCCAGACUUUCGAAUUUUCUCAGCAUCCCAAAAUCUGGGUCUCCCCAGUUAUGGAGGCCGAGACAGCAGAGACUGUGAGCUGUGGGAUGGCUAGAGUGUUCCCAGCCAAAGAGUUAAUGUUCCAGAUAUUCUUGGGAGACCAGGAGCUGAGCCCCUUCCUCUCCUGGGAGGGAGACACUGCGUGGGCCAAUGCCACUGUUCGGGCCAUGGAGACUGGUGAUCACGAGCUGUCCUGCCGCGUAUCUCUGGGUCCGAUGGAACAGAAGACCAGAGAGCUGGUGCACGUCUAUAGCUUCCCUCCACCCGUCCUUGAGAUAGAAUUACACCCACUGGCAGGGACGGAUAUCAACGUGACCUGUGCAGGGCAUGUGCUAACGUCACCCAGCCCUACUCUGCGACUGCAGGGAGCCCCACACCUCCCUGCCCCCGGGGAGCCUGCCUGGCUUUCCCUCACCACCAGGGAGGAAGAUGACGGCCGGAAUUUCUCCUGUGAGGCUUCUUUGGAGGUUCAGGGUCAACGGCUGAUCAAAACCACCACAGCCCAGCUCCAUGUCCUAUACAAGCCAAGGUUGGAGGAAUCUGGUUGCCCUGGCAACCAAACAUGGAUGGAAGGCAUGGAACAGACACUUGCCUGUGUCCCAAAGGGAAACCCGACUCCAUCGUUGGUGUGUACCUGGAAUGGAGUGAUCUUCGACCUUCAAAUGCCACAGAAGGCAACCCAGAACCACACUGGAACCUACUCCUGCACGGCCACUAACCAGCUGGGCUCCGCCAGCAAAGACAUUGCUCUCACUGUUGAAGAACUGAAUGAAGACAUCAUCUCCAUCGUCGUCAUUCUCAUCGCCGCCCUCGGAAUAGGCACAUUCACCCUUGCUCUGUAUUUUAACUAUCUGCCCUGCAAGACAGAGAGGAGGAAAUCGCCCUACCGGCAGACGGAGGAGAACCAAGAGGAGGGAAGCCAGUUUGCUGUCCAAGCAGAGACAUGCAACGCACAUGACAUGACUGUUAUAUAG